AUGAAGACAACGAUAAUCAAUCAAAAAUUAACUGAACAAAUUCAUUAUCUGAACCUGAUGAACAGUAUCGAGGAAUUAAAACUGAAAAUAGAAAGAUUACAGUUGGACGAACCAGAUGUUACGAAUAUGAAGGCACGGAUGUAUGAUUUGCAAGUAUGCUCGGAUGAAAUCGACAUGCGUUACAAAGAAUACAUCACGUACAGCAAAAGUCAGUCACUGUACGAUAAAUCAACGCUGGAAAAUUAUUAUACAGAAGUGAUGAACGAAAACAAUGGAAUUCCCAAGUUGCUUUUCAAGAUCCAUGAGCAGGUAGUUGGUUUGGGUUAUGGUAGUUUACUCAACAUAAUAGACAGAUACAUAGAGUACAUAGACCCGUACUGCGAAAAGACAAAAUCCCGACAGCGAUAUUUCUAUGAUCUUUUUCUCUCCAUCAUGUCAUACGAGACAAAAGGAUUUUUGGUCUUGGAGUAUGCCUACGCGUUAAAAAGGGAAUUGAAAAACAAAACUAUGGUGCAAGAGUUCAAGGAUGUGCACAGGCUUUAUCAUGAAAGAGCCAACGCUACUUUUCUGGCCUUCAAAGAAAUCAUGUCUCGUUCUGAGCAGAUUAUGUGGAAAUGCGAUCCAAUAAAACACACCAAAAAUAAAUCGUAUGCCGAGUUGAGAAAUGUUUUUCGCCGAGUAUUUUAUGACGCUCAAGAAUUUCACUCAAACUUCUCGCCAUUUCAUUGCGACUCGCUACAAUGUCCAACAAUCACUAAAAAAAAACGUGUCCAACCUGUUUGUCAAGGGAAUAAUUGCUUCUUUCAGCAGCGUCAUUGUAGCAACAUAGUUAGAUGUAGGCAGCUUUUGAAAAAUGAAGCUUACGACGUGUGCGUUUUGAAAAAUCAAGAUCACGGUCGCCGAUACAGUUACGUUAACAAAGAAACUUCAGAAAUAUUUGCGGGCCAUCCCAAGUGUGAUGGUCAAUUCCGAACAGUGUAUAAGGUUAUACAAUCGUACCCUGGGAGUAUCGUGGAUACGGAAUGUAACGUAUGUGACUGUAUAUGCGACGAAUCGGAAAACUCUGAUCGGUACAUCAGCCUCCGACCGGUCACAUCUGACGUUCACAAUAACUAUGUCGUUACUGGAGUACGAUUUCAGGUGGUAAAUCACACGCUUUACAUUAAGAUACAAGAGGGAGAAUUGUUGCCAUUUGGGUUCAUCCAUGGCAGUUCCACCAGGUGGAAGGAUAUUGAGGCUGCAACCGAUGUUGAAGACUACUUGGAUGAAAUCGGUAUUAAUUUACUUCAAAAGACAAGGAAACAAAAACGAAAUUUAUAUCCAACGUACCAAACUGAAUGGUCCAAGUUUCUCAAGUAUGGAGGCUACUCCAUUAAACUACCAAAAUGGUAA